AUGCAGGUGAAGGUGGUGAUGAGGGAAGCAGACCGAGUGGGCCUAGACGGCAAGCCGCCGUCCAAGGGAGCGGCGUUCAUAGAGUUCAGUGAGCAUCAGCACGCGGUGACGGCUCUGAGGGCGCUCAACAACCACCCCACUAUCUUCUCUCAUGACGCACGGCCCAUAGUGGAAUUUGCCAUCGAGAAUGGCUCUCCAUCGAAGAAGAAGCAGAAGCAGGUGAAGGGAGGGAAAGGGCAAGGUCAGCAAGAGAGACUUUGGAAGGGACCUGCGAAGGAUGUGAAGGGGCAUGCGGGUGCACAGGUGCAAGCAGGCACUGCAGCAGGGCAGCAGAAUGUUGGUGUGAAGGCACCGGGUGGAGCAGAACGGGGAGGGGCGAGCGGGAGUAGGAAGGGCGAGUUAAAGAGGAAGCAGAAGGGUUCAGCAAGGGGCGCUGGUGUGUCUCCUGCUGCUGCAGUGAAACCUAUUGCUGCCUCUCCUGCGGCUGCUUUGAAAGCUGCUCUUGCUGCCGUAAGUCCUGGUGCUUAA